AUGAACGGGCCCGCCCUGCAGCCCUCCUCCGCGCCCUCCGCCGCCCCGUCCGCAGCCGCGGCCCCGCGGGGCUGGAGCGAGUUCUGCGAGCUGCACGCGGCGGCCACGGCGCGGGAGCUGGCGCGGCAGUACUGGCUCUUCGUCCGGGAGCACCCGCAGCACGCGCCGCUGCGCGCCGAGCUCGUGUCGCUGCAGUUCACCGACCUCUUCCAGCGCUACUUCUGCCGCGAGGUGCGCCAGGGCCGGGCGCCGGGGCCGCCGGCCCGGGACUACCGGGAGGCGGGCCGCGGGCCCCCGGCCAAGGCCGAGGCGCCUCCCGCCGAGCCCGCCCCCGGCCCCGCCGCCCCCGCCCCCGCCCUGCCCAAGGCCCGCAGCUCCGAGGAGCUGGCGCCGCCGCGGCCGGCGCCCUGCGCCCUCCAGCACCUGCGCCACAGCCUCCGCCACAUCAUCCGCCGCCGCUCGGCGGGGGAGCUGCCGGCGGCCGGGGCCGCGGGGGAGGCCCGGGCCAAGCCCAGCCUGGCCCGGAAGCUCCUGCCCUGGGGCCUGGCCCGGGAGCCGCCGCUCGAGGUCCUCAAGGAGGCCGUGCUGCGCUACAGCCUGGCCGACGAGGCCGCCAUGGACAGCGGGGCGCGCUGGCAGCGCGGGCGCCUGGCCCUGCGCGCCCGGGGCCCCGGCGGCGCGGACCGCGGCCUGGAGCUCUUCGACCCGCCCAAGAGUUCAAAGCCCAAGCUGCAAGCAGCGUGCUCCAGCCUCCAGGAGGUCCGGCGGUGCACCCGCCUCGAGAUGCCCGACAACCUCUACACCUUUGUGCUGAAGGUGGAGGACCGCACAGACAUCAUCUUCGAGGUGGGGGACGAGCAGCAGCUCAACUCGUGGAUGGCCGAGCUCCGGAAGCACACAGGCCAAGGGCUGCAGAGCACAGACCCGGAGCCGCACGGCCCCUCCGCCCCGGAGCCCGGCCCGGCCCGCUCGCCCAGGGGAAGCACCGAUUCCCUGAACCAAGGUGCUUCUCCUGGGGGGUUGCUGGACCCAGCCUGCCAGAAGACAGAUCACUUCCUGUCCUGCUACCCCUGGUUCCACGGCCCCAUCUCCCGAGUGAAGGCAGCUCAGCUGGUUCAGCUGCAGGGCCCUGACGCUCACGGAGUGUUCCUGGUCCGGCAGAGCGAGACCCGGCGUGGGGAGUACGUGCUCACGUUCAACUUCCAAGGCAUAGCCAAGCACCUGCGCCUGUCGCUGACCGAGCGGGGCCAGUGCCGCGUGCAGCACCUUCACUUCCCCUCGGUCAUGGACAUGCUCCACCACUUCCAGCGCUCGCCCAUCCCCCUCGAGUGUGGCUCAGCCUGCGACGUCCGGCUGUCCAGCUACGUGGUGGUCGUCUCCCAGCCACCAGGUUCCUCCAACGCUGUCCUGUUUCCCUUCUCCCUCUCUCGCUGGGAUUCAGAGCUGGGCCUUCCCCACCUCAGCUCCUCCGGCUGCCCACGGGGGCUGGGCCCGGAGGGUCUCCCAGGCCGCUCCACCCCGCAAGAGCAGAUCUUCCACCUGGUGCCUUCGCCCGAGGAACUGGCCAACAGCCUGCGACACCUGGAGUCGGAGCCUGCCAACCGGGCCCGGGACUCGGACUACGAAAUGGACUCCUCCUCCCGGAGCCACCUGCGGGCCAUAGACAAUCAGUACACGCCGCUCUGA